ACUCUGAGUAUACGGAUCACACACGUGUAAAGUACUGUGAAAAGAGAAAUGGGUCGUGUGAGAAAGACCUCUCGUUUGGGAAAGAAGAAGAUAAACAGCACGUCAUACGGUAAAAAGAACAGAAAGAAGCACAACAAGAGCGAUUACACCAUUAAAAUGUCCAACAUACGCGAAAGAUGGAACCACUCGAUCUCAAUGAAGAACAACCUUCAAAACCUUGGACUGGUCUAUGACAUCAAUUCAGACAUUAAACCAUACGGUACAAGGACAAAGAAGAAACAAAAGCAACAAGAGAUGGAGUUUAUGGACAUAUCUGAAGCAACCUCUUUAAGUAACACAACUGAGGUCGCUCAGAUGGAAAGUGAGGAAGAUCAGACAGUGAAAUUUAAAAAAUUAAAAGGUGGAGCCAAAGCUCGUACUCUUCACGAAGAGUUUAAGAAACGUUCGGCCAGACGCAACCGAAAAACCUGUCACCUUUCGACUUUAGAGACAGAAUACCUCAUCCCAUUAAUACAGAAGCAUGGAACAGACUAUGGUAAGAUGGUGAGGGAUAAAGGCAACUUUGACCAGCUGACAGAGAACCAGCUUAGAAAGAAAUGCGAGGAACUUUUGAGCUCAAGGGAAACACGUCAUUUGAAGAAGUUUCAAGAACUAGGCUUGAUUUCCUAAGAUGUGACAUAAUCCUAUUUUUAAGUUAAUAAUAAUUAAUUAUAGUAUCAAUCAAUUAAUUAUAAUAAUUAUGAUAAUAAAUUUUGUUGCC